ACGUCUUCUCGUCCUUUCUCUCUUCAAUCCUCUUUUCUUUCCUUGUUUGAUUCUGAGCACAAUCUCUCGCAAAUCUCUCCUGCGAUGUUUUUCUACACGUUAGCGUAAAACCUGGAGCUGAAAAUCCCUCGGACUUUCUGGAAAAGCGCCGCCGCACACUCACUCGCCGCCGGCCAAUAUUCCCUCCCUCCCUCCCGCCCCUUUCCUUCCCUUCAAUGCUCUGGAUUUUACAGACUUGAUCCGGUUCGGUUCUCGAUGUACAUUUUUCUCCGAAAUUGAAGCGGGAAAGGACCGGAAAAACCGUCACGGGGCUCGGAACAUUCCCAUUAACGUUGGAGCCAUAUAUAUUCUCCCCGGCCGGCCAACACGUCCCAGGUAGGGAAAGUGAAAUAGAAAAUCUUGGGUAGGGAGAGAAGAACAGAUGCUUACGUGUAUCACGUGUAAGCCAAAGACAGAAGAUGACGGAAGAGAAGACGGCACGCGUGGGACGCCCGACACCGUCAAAAGCCUGACGGCGCAGAUCAAGGAUAUUGCAGUAAAGGUCUCUGGUGCAUAUAAAUGCAAGUCCAGCAUACCCACUGGCACUUGCAGGAAAGGGCAACGCCCCAACCCGGACUUCGAUACCCUUACAUCAGAGGCCAUUCCCUUUCCUUACCAGCCUGGGAGCUCUGGUUCUACACCUGCAUGGGAUUUCACAAAUGCUGCCCAUUCCCAAACUCCUAGGCCUGGCUCGAGAUUCGCUGGCGCCCGACCACAGGGCGGUGUAGAUCCUGUCAUCCAGUUUGGUGGAGUAGAGGAGUGGACUGCACAGGUGGAGCCUGGGAUUCAAAUCACCUUUGUGUCUCUUCCUCAAGGUGGAAAUGAUCUUAGGAGAAUCCGCUUUAGCCGGGACAUGUAUGACAAAUGGGAAGCUCAGAGAUGGUGGGGAGAGAACUAUGACAGGAUAAUGGAGCUGUACAAUGUGCACAAAUUUAACCAACAAGAAGCUCCCAGCACUCCCUCACAGUCUGAAAAUGGGAGAGAUUCUUGUUAUUCUCGGUUAGGGUCGUCCUCAAGAGAGAGCCCUAGGAUGAUGACUCCUGCACUGAGAAAUUGCAAUAAUAAUAAGCCUCCUCCUCCUAUUGCACUGCCUGAUCAUGGAGGUAGCCAACACCAUAAAAAUGGAGAAAUGUGUUGUAUGGAUGCAUCAAGAACAACUACAGAAUCCCGGGACGAUGCUUCAAUAUCCAUUAGCAAUGCCAGUGAAAUGGAGUCAGAGUGGAUUGAACAAGAUCAACCCGGGGUCUAUAUUACCAUCAGACAACUUGCUGAUGGCACUAGAGAACUGCGCCGUGUCAGAUUCAGCCGAGAAAGAUUUGGAGAGAUGCAUGCAAAGAGCUGGUGGGAGCAGAACAGAGAGAGAAUACAAGCUGAAUACCUUUGAGGUAUACUACUUUUACUAAAGGAUUGGCAUUUUCAUACAACAAUUGGAUGGAUAUCCAAAGAAAGCUAAGGGCACUAAUUUUUGCCCCUGAUCAGAGACAUUACAAGUUGACUUCACUACCAUUAUGAGGGUUAAAGGCUUUUUAGUAUACAGUUGUUGAAUUAGAAAGGAUUCCCUUUGUUGAGUAUUUAGUCUCUCCAGCCAUUGUUCUUCAAUACCUGACUGAAUUUGCCAGUUUUUGUCUUCUGCUCAUUGCUUUUUAUGGCUUCAAGGAUCUAUUGCCUUUGUCUCUAAUACAUAUGUAUAUACAGUUGUUUUCUUGGUAAUACAAGUUUUGAAUGUCA